CUCGGUCACCGCCCCAGCAACCCCCCCCCCGGUCCCCGGUCCGUCUCAUCCAUUGUUGGGCAAUAGUCUGCGACAUCGAAACCCUCCUAACCGAAACUUUUCAGGUAACUAAAGCGAGUUGAAGAUCUUUUAAAACACCGAAGGUACUUUUCGAUUUAUAUAGUUUAUUUCGGGGGGGGGGCGAAGGAAGCGCCGUGUUAGGCCGUCAGCUAUAAGGAGGACCUCUAAACUGAGUCGGUGAGAGGAGGAAAAGGGAGGAAAACUUUUCAGACAAGGAACUCCGUAAUUCUCAUUCCUCCAUUUUGAACUUUUAAACUCCAGUUUUUUUUUCCUAGUGGAUUGUUUUUCGAAUUCCAGACACCAUGACAAACAUCAACACAGCCAACAUCAACUUCAAAUGGGACCCAAAGAGUCUAGAGAUCCGUACUCUGGCAGUGGAGAGGCUGCUGGAGCCCCUGGUCACCCAGGUCACCACCUUGGUAAACUCCAGCAACAAAGGCCCAUCUAACAAGAAGAAAGGACGCUCCAAGAAGGCUCAUGUUUUGGCAGCAUCGGUGGAGAAUGCUACCCAGAACUUCCUGGAGAAAGGAGAAAAGAUUGCAAAGGAAAGUCAGUUCCUUAAGGAUGAGCUCACUGCUGCUGUGGAAGAUGUCCGCAAGCAAGGUGAGUCAAUGCGGCAGGCUUCUGGAGAAUUUGCAGAAGACCCCUGCUCAUCUGUGAAGAGGGGCAAUAUGGUUCGUGCUGCCAGAGCCCUCCUGUCUGCAGUCACACAUCUGUUGGUGCUGGCAGACAUGUCUGAUGUCUACAAACUUCUACUGCAACUUAAACUGGUGGAGGACAAUCUGGUGAAAGUGCGUAAUGCAGGAACAGAGCAGGACCUUGGGAUCCAGUAUAAGGCCUUGAAACCAGAGGUGGACAAGCUGAACAUCAUGGCUGCCAAGAGACAGCAGGAGCUAAAAGAUGUUCACCACAAGGACCAAAUGGCUGCUGCUCGUGGUGUGCUACAGAGGAACAUCCCCAUGUUGUACACAGCGUCCCGUGCCUGCCUGCAGCAUCCUGACGUGGCAGCCUACAAGGCUAACCGUGACCUGAUCUACAAGCAGCUGCAGCAUGCAGUCUCCGGCAUCUCCAACGCUGCCCAGGCCACUGCCACUGAAGACUCAGCACUCAGUCAUCCAGCAGGGGGUGGAGAGCUUGCCUACGCCCUCAACAAUUUUGAUAAACAAAUCAUCGUGGACCCCCUGGCGUUUAGUGAGGAGCGCUUCCGUCCCUCCCUGGAGGAGCGCCUUGAGAGCAUUAUCAGUGGUGCUGCCCUCAUGGCUGACUCUUCUUGCACACGUGAUGACCGCAGGGAACGCAUUGUGGCUGAAUGCAAUUCUGUGCGCCAGGCUCUUCAGGACCUUCUUUCUGAGUAUAUGGGCAAUGCUGGAAGGAAGGACCGGAGUGAUGCUCUGAACACAGCCAUCGACAGGAUGACCAAGAAGACCAGAGACCUUCGCAGACAGCUGCGUAAAGCUGUAAUGGACCAUGUCUCUGACUCUUUCCUGGAGACCAAUGUUCCCCUCCUGGUCCUGAUUGAAGCUGCCAAGAAUGGCAACGAGAAGGAAGUCAAAGAAUAUGCACAGGUGUUCCGUGAGCACGCCAACAAGCUGAUCGAGGUGGCCAACCUGGCAUGCUCCAUCUCCAACAAUGAAGAGGGAGUGAAGCUGGUCCGCAUGGCAGCAUCUCAGCUGGAAAGUCUCUGCCCCCAGGUGAUUAAUGCGGCGUUAGCCCUUGCUGCCAAGCCCAACAGUAAGGUGGCCCAGGACAAUAUGGAUUUGUUCAAGGAGCAAUGGGAGAAGCAGGUCCGCGUCCUCACUGAUGCUGUUGAUGACAUAACAUCCAUUGAUGACUUCCUUUGUGUGUCCGAGAACCACAUCCUGGAGGAUGUGAAUAAGUGUGUCAUCGCUCUGCAGGAGAAAGAUGUUGACGGUUUGGAUCGCACUGCUGGGGCUAUUCGAGGCCGUGCUGCCAGAGUUGUCCAUGUGGUCACUUCUGAAAUGGACAAUUAUGAACCUGGAGUCUACACAGAGAAGGUCUUGGAGGCCACCAAGCUCCUCACUAACACAGUCAUGCCACGGUUCACAGAGCAAGUGGAGUCUGCAGUAGAGGCCUUAAGUGCAAACCCCUCACUACCUGUGGAUGAGAAUGAGUUCAUUGACGCAUCCCGUCUGGUAUAUGAUGGCAUUCGCGACAUUCGCAAGGCUGUCCUGAUGAUCAGAACUCCAGAGGAGUUGGACGACUCUGACUUUGAGACCGAAGACUUUGAUGUUCGCAGCAGGACCAGUGUGCAGACAGAGGAUGACCAGCUUAUUGCCGGCCAGAGUGCACGGGCUAUCAUGGCCCAGUUGCCCCAGGAGCAGAAGGCAAAGAUUGCAGAACAGGUGGCUAGCUUCCAGGAAGAGAAGAGCAAGCUGGAUGCUGAGGUAUCCAAGUGGGAUGACAGCGGCAAUGACAUCAUUGUGUUGGCUAAGCAGAUGUGCAUGAUCAUGAUGGAGAUGACAGACUUCACCAGGGGCAAAGGGCCACUGAAGAAUACGUCUGAUGUCAUCAGCGCUGCCAAGAAAAUUGCAGAGGCGGGAUCAAGAAUGGACAAGCUGGGCCGCACCAUAGCUGACAAUUGCCCCGACUCUACCUGUAAGCAGGAUCUGCUCGCCUACCUGCAGCGUAUUGCCUUGUACUGCCACCAGCUCAACAUCUGCAGCAAAGUCAAGGCUGAGGUGCAGAACCUGGGAGGAGAGCUGGUUGUCUCCGGGCUGGACAGCGCCAUGUCCCUUAUUCAGGCCGCAAAGAACCUGAUGAACACCGUGGUGUCAACUGUCAAGGCAUCCUACGUUGCAUCUACCAAGUACCAGAAGAACAAGAACAUGGAGGCCCUCAAUAUGCCGGCUAUCUCCUGGAGGAUGAAAGCGCCUGAGAAGAAACCUCUGGUGAAGAGAGAGAAGCAGGAUGAUGGCCAAACCAACAGAGUCAAGAGAUCUUCUCACAAGAAGCAUAUCAACCCUGUGCAGGCUCUCAGCGAGUUUAAAGCCAUGGAUAGCAUCUAGAGGCCCCUGUUUUUUGAUUCAAGAGAACAUAAAAUAUUGACCAAUGAGUUUAUAUAUAGAUAGAGCUCGUCAUUCUAUCAAAAAGAAAAGGUUUUAUCAUAUUUGUUCUGCCUUUGCAUAGACGGCUUGUCUGUUUGACCUAUUAUUAUAUUCCUACUCAGCCUAAUUUCUAUUCAAUAAGUUCACAUUUGCUCUAGUGUGUAGAAUUAACUGUCUCUUCCCUGGAAAAUACAGUUAGAGGGAAAGCAACUGGAUUAAAGGCAUUUUGUACAUUUCUUCUUUCCUGUGUACAGGAGGAAGUGGAGUGGAUUUCAUAGCGAUAACUAAUUCCAAGAGGCUUUUGAUUAUUUUGUAUUCUAACCAGUUUUAUAGUAAUACUGUGGGGUCUCUGGUGUUUCUACUAUAAUUAUGGCAAAAUACCUUCUGUACUGCAAAUAUCAGCUAUGCAAAAUCUCAACUGCCUUGUUUUAACAGGAGCAAUAACUGUAGUUCAUUUGGAUGUGCUGGGCUAACUGGUAAGAUUUUAAAUAUGUUUUGGUUCAGAACCAAAGUCAAUAUAUUUCCACGUGUGCCUGCAUUUUUAUAACUUUAUACAUACUUUGUUAUGCCACUAUAAACCGUAUCCAAUAAGUUUAAACUGACUAAAGACUUUGUAUCCCCUUUAGCAUUUGGAUGGGUAAAUGUCAUUUCUUUAUAAUUUAAGCAUCUCAAGUUUUAUUUUCUUGAUGUUUUUUUCAUGUUCACAUCAUGCAGCAAACCAGAGGUAACACAACCUCUCUUUCCCCCUAUGUGCUCGUUCCUACACUUAAGGCACACAGAUCCACCCAGUUCAGGCAAACUUUGUAAAUAAGCCUCAACUCCUUAGAGUCUGGGAGAACCCAGUGGGCUAAACAAUGAGUAGACCCUGUGUCGGUGCUCUCCAAAGCCGACAAGCUUCAUUAACUGUCAAUGAGACCAAACACCUCCACAAUCCACGAGCGUGUCCAAAUUGAGGGAUCAAUAUGUUUUCUCUCCACAGCUUAGGCGAAGAGAGGAGGGGAUUUCACCGACUUUAAACUCUUGCUUAUUGUUUGUAUUCCUUGUCCUUAAGCUUGAACACUAAUCAAGAUGUCAUGCACAGUCUUUAUACGAAAAUAGAGGAAGAAAUACGUUCCCAGGUGUUGGAGCUUUAAAAUUAAACAGGAAAAACAUUUUUUAAUUUUUUUUUUUUUACUUCAGGUAACAACUGUGGGAUGAGUAGCUCUGUGCAGCUUGUUUUCUGGUCGUACGUAGUAUUUUCCUGCAUAGUGGUGCAUUGGUGCACAGUGAGGUUUUGAAAUCCUGCUGCUUUAGUCUUGGGGCUGAAUCUUUGUUUUGCUCGUUUGACAUCUGUGAACUAUAGCAGGAUGGGUAUGUAUGGUUAUUUGACAGGUGGAACUGUAGAACCAAGCAUAUUGAGUGUUUUUCAGUACGUUUUUCCUCACAGUUUGUCUUUUGCUGUAUUUGAGUUUGGAUUUGAAUCUUGAGUGGUAUCAAACUACUUUGCUGUGGAUUUUUUGUUAUUGAGAGCUGACUUACUAGUGCACACGUUUCUUGUAUUCAUGUGCCCGCUUUAUAUCUUAAUAAACAAUGGAAAUUAAA